GGGGUCGGUGGCUGCUGGGCGCACGGGGUGCAGGCCGCGGGGCCGGAGCCGGGGGGAGCGAGCGAGCGGAGGCGCCGAGGAUCCGAUUCACUCGCUGGGGAGACCUAUGGGCCGAAGCCGUGUAAAUGCUUUUUAAGCAGGGGCCUCGGCUCCGCAACUGCCACUCCUCCUCGGGGUGUUGCACAAGUUUCGAGGUCACCGGCGACCCCCCCUAGCAGCGCGCCUGGCUCUGGCCCCCGCGAAGGAGGACGGGGCUUGUGUGUUGCAUACUUUCUAAGGCGGCGGCUGAGGCGGCGGCUGCGGCAGCGGCUCCAUCCAGCCGGUGGCUCCUGUUCAGCAUGGCUGGCUACCUGAGUGAAUCCGACUUUGUGAUGGUGGAGGAGGGCUUCAGCACCCGAGACCUGCUGGAGGAGCUCACUCUGGGGGCCUCACAGGCCACCACGGGUGAGGUCGCUGCCUUCUUCGUGGCCGACCUGGGUGCAGUAGUGAGGAAGCACUUCUGCUUUCUGAAGUGCCUACCACGAGUCCGGCCCUUUUACGCUGUCAAGUGCAACAGCAGCCUGGGCGUGCUGAAGGUCCUGGCCGAGCUGGGGCUGGGCUUCAGCUGUGCCAACAAGGCAGAGAUGGAGUUGGUCCAGCGUAUUGGCGUCCCUGCCAGUAAGAUCAUCUACGCCAACCCCUGUAAGCAAAUUGCACAGAUCAAGUAUGCUGCCAAGCAUGGGGUGCAGCUGCUGAGCUUCGACACUGAGAUGGAGCUGGCAAAGGUGGUCAAGAGCCACCCCAGCGCCAAAAUGGUUCUGUGUAUCGCUACCGAUGACCCCCACUCCCUGAGCCGCCUGAGCCUGAAGUUCGGAGCGCCACUGAAAUCCUGCAGACAUCUGCUUGAAAAUGCCAAGAAGAGCCACAUGGAGGUGGUGGGUGUGAGUUUUCACAUUGGCAGUGGCUGUCCUGACCCUCAGGCCUAUGCUCAGUCCAUCGCAGAUGCCCGGCUUGUGUUUCAAAUGGGUGCCGAGCUGGGUCACACGAUGCACAUUCUGGACCUUGGUGGUGGCUUCCCUGGCUUAGAGGGAGCCAAAGUGAGAUUCGAAGAGAUUGCUUCUGUGAUCAAUUCAGCCUUGGAUCUGUACUUCCCGGAGGGCUGUGGUGUGGAUAUCCUUGCAGAGCUGGGGCGCUAUUAUGUGUCCUCUGCUUUCACUGUGGCAGCCAGUAUCAUCGCCAAGAAGGAGGUUCUUCUGGAUCAGCCUGGCAGGGAGGAGGAAAAUGGUUCCACCUCCAAGACCAUUGUGUACCACCUUGAUGAGGGCGUGUAUGGGAUCUUCAACUCAGUCCUGUUUGACAACAUCUGCCCCACUCCUAUCCUGCAGAAGAAACCAUCUGCAGAGCAAGCCCUGUACAGCAGUAGCCUGUGGGGACCGGCAGCUGAUGGCCGUGACUGCGUGGCUGAGGGCUUGUGGCUGCCGCAGCUACAUGUAGGGGACUGGCUGGUCUUUGACAACAUGGGCGCCUACACCGUGGGCACAGGAUCCCUCCUUGGGGGGACCCAGGCCUGCCACGUCACCUACGCCAUGUCCCGGGUAGCCUGGGAAGCACUUCAAGGGCAGCUGCUGCCCGCAGAAGACGACCAGGACGCUGAAGGCGUGUGCAAGCCUCUGUCCUGUGGCUGGGAGAUCACAGACACCUUGUGUGUGGGCCCUGUCUUCACCCCAGCGAGCAUCAUGUGAGCGGGCCUGUCCCCCCAGGAGAACCCCAGCAGGGCCGCGGAGAUGCCUCUGGGAGAGGUGGGGAAGGCGCAGAGCAGGCAUCCUCUGGCCAGGGCUCUGGUGCUUGCUCUGCUGCCCCCACACUCCACCUGUAGUGUUUCUGCCCUGUAAAUAGGACCAGUCUUACACUCGCUGUAGUUCAAGUAUGCAACAUAAAUCCUGUCCCUUCCAGCUGUGUCUGCCUCCUCUGCAGCGCAAGGGGCCUGGUCAGCCAGGUGUGGGGGUAUCCUUGGGAGUCUACCUUGGUCUUCUUCCCACUUUGUAAAUAUGAAACAAAUAAAUACUUAGGUUUUU